UUAAAACAACACACACGUCAUGGACUUCAAGAUAGUGUCAUAGAGAUGCAUUAAAGGUUAAAAGAAAGUUUUGGAGUAGUUGGGGCAAAAUUUUUCAGUAAAAUUCAUCGAAAUAAAUAAAUUAGGACGUAAUAUCCAUACAAAGGGUUGAAAAUCUAGGGUCUUUGAGAAAAGGUGCAUUUAACCGUUUCACAAACCCACACUCAUUGACAUGACGUUGGAGGAUCCUUUUUUUGUAGUUAAAGAUGAAGUUUUCAAGGCUUUAAACAAAACAAGAGGACUUUAUCUUAGAUGGACUGAGCUACAGGAUGAUUCUAUAUGCAUUACCAAAGAUGAAAUAGAAUGGACCAAUACAGAAUUGAAAAAUUCAUUACGUAGCAUUGAAUGGGAUCUGGAAGACUUGGAAGAUACUAUUGAUAUUGUAGAGAAAAACCCCUCCAAAUUUAAAAUAGACAACAAGGAGCUCACCAUUAGAAAAAGUUUUAUUGAUACCACAAGAGAGGAAGUGAAGUCUAUGAAGGAUAAAAUCACCAUGAACAAAGGACGGGAUAGAGACAGACAAGCAAGACAACCACUACUUGACAGCAGUCCUGUGAGGGUUACAAAUAAUCAUGGCACUACAAAGUACUCAAAGUUAGAAAAUGAUUUAGAUAGUCCCCAAAGACAAUUCUUGUCUGACACAUUAUCUCAACAACAGUACCUUACCAGACAGCAGGAGGACCAUUUAGAAGCUAUUAGUGACUCAUUAGGUUCUCUAAAAACAGUCUCCAGGCAUAUUGGCAUAGAAAUAGAUGAACAAGCUGGUAUGUUGGAUGAGUUUGGAACUGAGUUAGAGAAUACUGAUUCAAAGAUUGACUCAUCAAUGAAAAAAGUUGCCAAAGUUCUAAGAAUGUCUAAUGAUCGUCGUCAAUGGACAGCAAUCAUUAUCUUGGUUAUUACACUUUUUAUUGUGAUAUUUUUAUUUUUUCUUCUGUGAUUGUGAUUAUUUGUGCUAUUUUAUUAUUAAUGUAUAUUAAGUACAAAAAGUAUCAAUUAUUUUCAUCAUUUUACACUGUUUUUUGUGCACUUAAGAAAAGAUUGAUCUUCUAAAUACUUUUUUAAGAGUGAGGGUACAAUGCCAGCACAGAAGACAUAUUAUAUUUUUAUUAAUUAGAAGCAAUGGAACAAUAUUUUGUGACAAGUAACAAUACGAUUCUUCCAGUGCAGCUCUAUUAUGUUUAAGAAUUAAUACAUAUGUAGGUAAGUUAUAAAACAAUUUCCUCUUAACAAUUGAAGACUUUUGCGCUUCAGUUACUUUGAAAUACUAAACAAGAUUCAGUUAUACUCUUUUUUUGUGUUUCUUUGUUUAUAUUGUUAUAUAUAUAGUUAAAUUCACGCAAGUAUCUUAACUGACUUACCAAUGUUACUUUAUUAUCUACUUAUGAUUUUGAUUCAAUUUCAAACGUAAAAAUUGUUUUUUACAAUUAUUCCUGAUCAAAUCUUCAUUGCAAAUGUAGUAAAAUAGUGAAAGCGUUUAAAUCUAGUCAAUUUUUGUAAUUUAGCAAUAUUAUCCACACCUUCACUACAAACAUUUGCUAGAAUUCCUAAGUUAUUGACAUAGUAUUAGAUGAUAUAGCUCUAAAUAGAGCUGUCAAUACAAUUUUAUUAUUGUUUCAUUGCUUCCAGUCAGAAUAAGCAGGCUGUAGUCUUAAAAUGUUGCCGACUAUUUGGCAUCAUAUUGUUAUAUCAAUAAGCACAUUAUUUUAGUAUCGUGUUGUGUAGUGAUUAUCUUACAUUGUAUACAUAUUGUAAUUUAUAAGAUAAAAUUGUGUAUUUAUUAAAUUAAAAUGUGUAUUAUAAAUAUAGUAAUUUAUAGCCCAA